GGCAGUCAGUACAGGCAGGCAGGGAGCUGGAGAUGCACAUGGAUGCUGGAGGCAGGUGAGUGGACGCUGCCAGACUGAGCAACAUGCAACUGACACAAUGCUGCUUCAUCUUCCUGGUCCAGGGGAGCAUCUAUCUGGUAAUAUGUGGCCAGGAAGAUUCCUCCAGUGAUCCAGAUGAUGAAGACCAGCCAGAGUCUAAACCCCAUCCAAGAAAUAGAAUAUCCAGGAGAAAACCCCCUUCGUCUUCGUCUUCUCGAUCUCGCUUCUCAAGCACCCAGAAUUCCACUGUUCUCCAACUUCUUUCAAACUCCCCUGAGUUCUGGGAUGUUCUAAGCAGUCUUUCAGAGUUGGGUCAAAAUCAAGAACCCCCGGUACCAUCCAGGAGUAAACGGCAAUCGGUUCUGAGGUCAACCGGGCGAGCAAAAAAAGUCUUUGGUUGGGGGGACUUCUACUCUAAUAUCAAGACCGUGAAACUCAACCUCCUUAUUACUGGGAAAGUGGUUGACCACGGAAAUGGGUCUUUUAGCGUGUACUUCCGACACAACUCCACCGGGCAUGGUAAUGUGUCCGUAAGCCUUGUCCCACCAUCCAAAAUUCUUGACUUUGACCUGGAGCAGCAAAUGUAUGUUGAAGCGAAGGAAUCCAAGAUCUUCAACUGCAGGGUUGAAUUUGAAAAGGUGGAUAAGGCAAUUAAAACAGGUCUGUGCCCCCAUGACCCGUCAAAAACUUGUCAUCAGCAGCAAACUCACAGUCGGGUCUCCUGGACCUGCUCUCAUCCAUUCAAGAUUGUUUGUGUUUAUGUCUCCUUUUACACCACUGAUUACAGGCUGGUGCAAAAAGUCUGUCCUGACUACAACUACCAUAACAGCUCUCCUUACUCGCCUUCUGGCUGAAGAAAAGACCACGAUGUUGGAUGGUGAUACAAGCAGGAAUGCCAAAGUGGAACCGACUUUGGAACUUAUAUGGACUUCCUGUGCCUUUGGUCUGGUCUAUUGUGGUGUCUUUGUACUUGUGGAGAAUGUGGACACAGAGUAGAGCGGUCACUUUACGCCAGAAAUGUACACAGUUGAUAACUGAAUUGUAUGCACAGCAAGCUCAUGUACAGACACCGGGGACAUUUGGCGUGACCGAUCACCUUUAAUUUACAGGCUGUUAGGAAUGUUUCUCCGUUACAGGACCAAGGGUCGUACUCGUAUCUCUACACAGCAAAGAAAUUAAGGUCAAUGCCAAAAGCAGAAAAGGUUAUAUUUGUUUCCUUUUGAACACAUUGACCUAAAAUGGUUACAUUUCUGAGCAAUAUGCACAGUUUAUCUGCUCCUCUGAGACUGACACUUCAGCGAUGGUGUUUUAAAAAGGUGUGAUGUUCUGUACCCCUUUAAAAAAAAAAAAA